AUGGCAUUGCCAUUUCUACCUGCUGCUGACAUCCUGCCAGCACUCCAACAACUGGAACAGAGGGCAGCAUCACCUCAACUUCAACAACUGGUGAGGUAUGCUAGUUUGGAAAGAGUCAUUGCACUAUGCAUUUGUGAUAGCAGUGGAUCACUAGGAUUUGAUCUCAACUUCUCUACUGGCACAGCACAUAUCGUGUUAGUUGACUUUGGAAUUGAUCUUGAUGCUGAUACAUGCUAUAACAUACAGCAAGCUCUAGAACACCUGUUUUCCAUCGUCUGCACUUUACCUGGACCAUGUCGCGUUCCUUUUUUCGGACUGCUUGCUACUACAGAUUCUUAUCCAGAAGUUGUCUUCCCAUUGCAACACAUCAAAGGUGCUUCGAGUUUCACCAGGCUCCAUGCAGCCCUUGUCGAGCUGUGCAACAUGCAGCAUGGGGAGUGGCUGCGGCUGGGAGCAGCCGGUGACGCGAGCCGGGGAACAGAUGUGCUACUGCAGAGCCUUCAUGAAGCCAUAAGCCAGUUCAAAAGACAAUCGCAAAAUCUGCUACAGACGGCUGGAUCGUGGUCACAACUCGAGAUAACCGUGUUUACGAGCAAGCAGGGUUUAUCACUGGUCAAGCCUUUGGAGAAGUUCAUCAAAGACCUCAAUCUGGACAACCUCAAGAAGAUGCAGGUCGUGUCGUUGCUAAGUGACAGAGAUGAUACUCGGUUGCUCAGCACCGAAGCAGCAGGAAUAGAAUCUUGCAGUCAGACGAGUGAAGUGUCCGACAGCUCGGGUGACAGUGGUGCCACCGCAGGCACGCUUGAGCUACUGCAGGUAGAGUCAGAUCUACUCAGUUUGGAAAACUUCUUCAAAAUGUGGCUCAUGGAUUCCGGUACGGACAGGGAGCAUCUCCACAUCACGUUGCCAGAGGUCAGCACAGCACAGGACAGGAUGUGGCCACUGGUCUUGAAGUGCGACAUGCAGGAGAGAAUACUUGAUCCAAGUCUCAUUCCCUUCGCUUCAUGUUAUAAACUGCACCAGGAGACACCGCUGCGCAGCCUGCCUUCCAGCUGCAGUGCAAGACCUAGCGCCCCCUAUCUGCCUGUCCGCACACUACGAGCACUAUCACUCAUAAAGCAAGAUGGCCUGUGUGAGAGUGUGCUCUAUGGACUGCCCCUGAUAGUAAAAGCCACGUCAUGUUGGAAGAUGGACUGGGAUGACCUGGAGGACAACCAGCAGACCUUCAAUGCUUUCUGCUGCUUAUUGAAGGAAAAGAAGCUUGCACUGCUGGCGUGCUUAACGCCGGAAACAGAAGCUACGUCCAAUAUCGUGGCACCUAGUGGUCAUUUUGUGCUGCUACCAUCGCCAGGACCAACACUGCUGCUGAAGUCGGUAGCUGUUAGAGAGCUGCUGCUGCCCACUGAGGUGUGUGCAGGCCAAGUGGAGCCACCAACCGAUGUCCAGCAAACGGUUGCAGAGAGCAUUGACAAGCUUCAUCAGUUCGAUAUCUACAACCCGUUGCUGGUGCAAUCACGUCUGUAUGGCAGUCUCUCAGCGAGCCUUGUGAAGUCAAACCUACCCUCCACCGCCGCGCAAUCUCCUUUUCCCGUCAGCAAAGAGAGUCAGCACCAGCCAACCAGGGAGGAAAGAAGAGGCACGACGCUCAAGAGGCGCGGCACGGCCACGAGCUUCGGAUAA